AUGGAUGUAAGAGAAUCUAUGAAGAAGCAAAACGAAGUCGCGUUGUUCCUUGCGAGGCACGUCUUCGCCUCAGAGGCCAAACACUCUAACAUCGUCUUCUCGCCUGCCUCAAUAUACUCCGCGCUCACUCUGGUGGCUUCUGGUCCCGGCGAUCCCUCAGCCGCCGAUGAGAUCCUCUCCUUCCUCAAGUCUUCUUCGACCGAUGAGCUCAACGCCGUCUUCACCGAGAUCGUUUCCGUCGUCUACGCUUGCGGUAGCGCAAACGGCGGGCCAGAGAUCUCGUCGGUCAACGGCGCUGAAGAAGUGCGUAUGGAGGUCAAUUCAUGGGUUCAAGAUCGCACCAAUGAUCUCAUCAAAAAUCUUCUUCCCGAUGGUUCCGUUACAAAAGAAACCGAACGGGUUUACGCAAACGCGUUGUACUUCAAGGGAACUUGGAAAAAUCCCUUUGAUGAGGACGACACAAGAGACAGAGACUUUCACCUUCUCGACGGCUCAUCAGUGUCUGUGCCGUUUAUGAGCAGCAACGAGGACCAAUACAUAACGGCUUACGAUGGUUUCAAGGUUCUUAGGCUCCCUUACCUCCGAGGCUAUGGUGAUACCAGCCGCGAAUUCGCAAUGUAUCUUUACUUGCCAGACAAGAAAGAUGGAUUAGAUGAUCUUGUGGAGAUUAUGGCAUCCACUCCUGGAUUCUUGGAUAGUCACAUUCCAAGACGUGAAGUUGAAGUUGGAGCAUUCAGGAUCCCAAAGUUCAAGAUCUCGUUCGGGUUUUUGGUUUCGAGGAUUCUCAAUCGAUUGGGACUGCGUUCAACGUCGUUGUACCAUAAAGCUUGUAUUAAGAUCGAUGAGUCAGGCGUUGAAGCUGCGGCUGCCUCUGCUGAUGAAGCUUGUGGCUGUUAUCUUGGUAUGGAGCCUCCAAAGAGGAUAGAUUUUGUGGCUGAUCAUCCAUUUCUUUUCUUGAUCAGAGAAGACAAAACUGGAACGGUUUUAAAUCCUAAUUUCUUGAUCAUCAAGAUUCUGAGACCCGUCGUUGCGCAGUUUUACCGUGGAGGAAGAUCAUUUGGGUGUCGCCACUCUCGUAGUAACAAUGAGCCGAUGGUAGAAACAAGGACACUUGUCAGAGUCUUCGUAAAUUUUUGUGCAGCAGUGUGUGUGUGGUGGGGAUUUGAAUCUCAUAUAUCCAAGAUAAGAAAGGAAAAUGAUAAGAUGUGGCAAGACGUCAAGGCAAAAAAAAAGGAGGAAAAAAGGAAGGAGACAUUACAAGAAGUGCAAAUAAAAAUCGAACACAAAUCAUCGUCUCAAUAAAGAUAAAAACAUUUAUAACCUCAGAUUUGUUCUAUACAUUUAUCUCUUGGGAAAUUGGGGUUAAUAGAGCGAUUAAACCAUGAAUAAUAUGCUUUAAUUACACGACUAGUUAACAUUUAAUCACAAAUCAGAAACUCUGGUGAGGAAUUGAAGUUGUCGAAGGAGAGGACUAAGAGUCUCCAUGAGCUUCUCACAAGGAUGAUUAUGAACACCUUCAUAGGUUGUUACGACAACGUUUGGAUCUUUUGCCAAUCUUUGCACUUGUUUCUUCACGUUGCAUGUAUGGUACGUACAUCUGAAAAACCUGGGAUGAGCAUUGUUCUUAACAGAUUUCUGACCGUAUUUUCGCCACCGAUAACCAUCAUCAAGAACAUCAUCAUCACUCCGUGUUUGAAACGCAAUCCUUUGCAUCGCCGAUGAUCUCUUUCCUUUCCCUUUGUUGUUCUUAUUGUGAUCACUUAAUCCUCCCAUCUCUCCUCCUUCUCCUCCUCCAUUUUGAAAGUUCUCUGGAUGCUGAGCAGCAGGUAUAUGAAAACUCGCCGGAGAACAAGAAGAAGAAGAUGGGUCCAUAUCGCCAGGAAACAUUAACGAAGGAGUCAUCAUCAAUAAAGUUUUGUCGUCAAAGGAAGAAAAAGGGUUGUUUUCGCCUUCUUCUAGUGUUAACAUCGGGUUUGUAUCCUCCACCACUUCCAUUGUUUAUAAAGCUUUCUCUUUCUAAAUCUCUCUCUCACGCAUAUACACUAUAUGUAUGUGUGUUUACGUAUAUAUAUGUGCAUAUAUCAAGA